AUGUUCAUGGAUCAAAACAGUAUAAAGGUGGAGAACGUUUACGCCAAAGUUUCAUCGAAAAGGAACGUCGUAUUAAUUAUUACUGACGAUCAGGAUAUUGAACUUGGAUCGAUGAACUAUAUGCCCAAAGUAUCGAAACUCUUGAAGGAGAAGGGCACCGAGUUUAGAAGUGGAUUUGUGUCGACACCAAUCUGUUGUCCAAGCAGGUCAAGCAUCCUCACCGGCAUGUACGUGCACAAUCACAACGUGCACACCAACAAUCACAACUGUUCCGGUGAAGAAUGGAGUAACCAUGUGCCACCAGGAUGGGACUAUUGGAUUGGUCUGGUGAAGAACAGUAAAUUUUAUAACUACACUGUAAAUUUGAAUGGAAAUCGUGUAAAAUACGGAGCAGAAUAUGAGAAGGAUUAUUUUACUGAUCUUGUCACAAAUCACUCAGUUAAAUUCAUUAUGGAUCAUUUUUCGACUCACAACGACAAACCGUUUUUCAUUGUGAUCAGUUAUCCAGCUCCACAUGGUCCUGAAGAUCCAGCUCCUCAAUAUGCUGAGUUAUUCGAAGACAUCGAUUCGCACCGCACCGAUUCGUGGAACUAUGCGCCAAAUCCCGACAAACAGUGGCUACUACAGCGAACGGGAAAGAUGGAACCAGUUCAUGUGGCGUUCACAGAUCUGCUGCAUCGUCGUCGUAUGCAAACACUGCAAAGUGUAGACGAUGGAGUACAUUUGAUUUUCUCCACUCUACGUGAUCACAACUACCUUUCAUCCACCUAUGCCUUCUACACAUCCGAUCAUGGCUAUCACCUUGGUCAGUUCGGUCUAAUAAAGGGCAAAAAUAUGCCGUAUGAAUUCGAUAUUCGAGUGCCGUUCUUCAUUCGUGGCCCAGGUGUCAUGAAAAAAUUUAGUGUUCGUGAGCCCGUUCUGAAUAUCGACAUCGCGCCGACGUUGAUUUCCAUAGCCGGCGGAAGUGUUCCGAGUUAUAUGGAUGGACGUAAUCUUCUUGAAUUGCUAGCACUAAAGAAAGCAGUUUCUCAUGGCAAGAAUGUUAGCAGCUCUUCCUUAACUCCCUGGCGAGACACCAUUCUAAUUGAAAGAGGGAAAAUGCCUAAGCUGCGAAAAAUUCGUGAUCGUUGGUUGAAUCAGAAGGAGCGAUACGGUAAAGAGAUGCGAUUGAACGAUGCAUGUAGCAAGCCGGAAUGGCAACAUCCCUGCACUGGAUCACAGUGCAACACAGUAAUGUUUUCUGUUUCGAACGAACAUUUAAGAUGUGGUGAUGUACAGCAGUUUACUUUCAGAAGACAUGAAGAGUUCAAUCUUCGCCCUGCAGUCGAAAUCAAUGACAACCUACGUAGAAGAAAGGAGAAAGGGAACUUGACUAAUCCUGAUCGAGCAGCUUGCUCUGUGCAGCAGAUGAACUGCUUCCUGCACAGCAUUGAUCACUGGAAAACUCCGCCUCUUUGGCCCGAUGAGUACGGACAAUUCUGCUUCUGCCAAAACUCUAACAAUAACACGUACUGGUGCCUGCGAACAAUCAACGACAUCGAAAACUUCUUGUACUGCGAAUUUGUCACGGAAUUCGUGAGUUACUAUGAUCUCAACGACGAUCCGCAUCAGCUGCAUAAUACUGUCUACUCACUGGAGAUGAACACUUUGGAACAACUCAGCGAACGUUUGCGUUUGCUACGUGAAUGUCAAGGAUCUGAAUGUGAGCGCUUCUCCAGCUCCAUUUGGGAACAACACGUCAUGCAAGCAACUACAGCAACAACAACAACAGCAACACUACAAAGCUAG